ACAAGGCCUGGACCGCGUUACCCUGAUGAAUCGAUAGGAAUGGACAAACAACGGUCGCAAGCUUUUCAGAAGCUGAAACCGAUCUGUAUCAACCUCUCCCAACUCGCACUCUCGCCGAAACCGUCCUCGGUAGCCAUCGUCCCAACUCUCCGAUCUUUACGCGAUUCCCUCCGCUCGAUAGAGCAACCCGAUGACACCCUCAACCAUGCGAUCGGCGACUACGUCUUCUUCCCCCUCUCCCACCUCUUACGGAACCAAGCGACCCUCUCAAAUUCCUGUCUCGAGUUGUUAUUGCAAUGCAUGAACCUCCUCAUCAAAUACUGCUGGCGCACAACCACAACCCCACAACUCUUCCGACAACUCCUUAUCCUACUCACAUUCCUCGUCGGGGGUGCGCCUACUUCACCAUCCGGGAAGUCGCAGACGCAGACGCCAAAGCGUAACAUCACGGAACAUUGCAAACUCGCCGCGGUGCAGUGUCUCUCCUCCCUCUUCCUCUCUGCCGCGCUUUCGAACGUCGAUGUAGUGACCGACAUGGAUGUUCGUCCAGCUCUUGGACACGCGAUUACCACGCUUCUCGACAUCGUGCUCACCGAACAACUGCUCGAGCUUCAAGUCGAAGCCGCGAACGCUCUAAACCAGCUGUACACCGAUUUAAUAAGAGAAGGAAGCAUCGUUGCAGCGUUUCUGCCCGGCACUGUUAGUGGCGUUACGAAGACUCUCGUUCGGACGGCGCAAGCGAGGAAGAGUGAGUAUAUCGCCGCUGCAGUCGGACUCCUCUCCUCUACCAUGACCAUCGCCCUAACACCACCACCCCUUCCCCCGCAACUUGCAGAGGAUGAAGACUUUGACCUGGACGCCUACGACCUCGACAUGAACCCCAAACCCCCCGCCUCCUCCUCUGUCCUAGGCGGUGUAGAGAGAACAGAGGCAUGGUACAAAGCCACUACUGCGCAACUCAAGAUUGCAAUAGAGACGAUCCUUUACUUGCGACAUCAUACAUCCCCAAAGGUACGCUCCGCAUUCCUCUCACUUUCGAGGGAGGUGCUGGUGGGGUGUGGAGAGCGGGUAGCGGUGUUGGUGCCGGUGUUGGUUGAGACGGUUGUUGUUUGUGCUGGGGAUGAGGUGGAUGAUAUCCGUACCGCGGCCGAUGCUGUGAUUAAAGAGUUGUUGCGGGAUGAGAGGUUGAGAGGGAUGGUUAUGAGGACGUGGAAGGAAUCCCUGCAUCAUUGGAUCACCGCCUUACCGCGGAUAUUAACCGGCGCGGAUGACGUCCCCAAACGUAACCUUCUAUCAGUUAUCACCACCUCCGCCCGAAUAUUGACGGCACAGGAUGUAGGGGUUGAUCUGAGUGUGAGUAUGGAUGCUUUGGUACAGUCCCUCGGCGACCUCUCUACAUUCGUGGACGUCAAGGCCAAGAGCAGUGUGGGGGCGAACGGAUUAGUGGCGGGUAUGAAGAUGCUCGACAUCUCAACCUUAAACUCCAGCGACGACGAUGGAUUUGCGAUGUUGCCUAUGAGAGAUAUAUCCGAUCCAUCGACGACACGUGCAUUCGUGAAGUUGCUACAUACACUCGGUUCAUCACCUUCCGCACCGAGUAUCAUCGAGUAUUUCCUCGGUCUGUCGCAGGGUUCGAGACGAGGGGUUGAUGUUGCGGGGAGUACGUGGGUUGCGACGCACCUUGUUCGUGGGGCGCUACACUCUCCCACGCCGUCAGUAGAUAGGACGACCAUUGCGGCAUUGGGUGGGGAGUUGUAUGAGUAUGCGCUGAGCACGCUGUCUGAGUCAUCUUCGCCGUAUGCCGUUGCGGUGAGUGAGGGUGUCGAACCACUUGCGCUGUGUACAGCGUUAGAAGCAAUUACUUUUACGGCCGAGACGGCUGGGAGGGGGUUUAGGGGUGAGUUUGUGGAUGCGUUGUACUCGAUCGUACAAUUGGUACGGCAUGAUACGGACUCGGUAAGAUCUCAUGCUCGGACUGCGUUGCAGAGGAUAGCGUAUGUCACAGGCUACGACGGUGUCUCCGCCCUCCUCCUUGACAACGUCGACUACCUCGUCAACGCCGUCUCCCUCAAACUAAACACCUUCGACAUCGCCCCCGCAGCCCCACUCGUCCUCCUCGUCCUCAUCCGUAUGGCUGGAGCACGGAUCGUGCCGUAUUUGGAGGAUGUGGUGGAGAGUAUUUUCGUUGCGUUGGAUAAUUUCCAUGGGUAUGGGAGGUUGGUGGAGGUUUUAUUUGGGGUUUUGGAGGGGGUUGUGGAUGAGGUGAGUAGAGGGCAUGAGGGAAGGAAUGGAACGAGUGUGAAGAGGAUUCGGGCGGGUGAGGGUGGACAUGUGAGUGGGGUGUGUGACGGGAUCAAUGCUGUCGUUCGAGAGAUCCGGCAAGCGAGGGAGAGGAGGGAGCAGCCGGUUGAGGAAACGGAGAUUACUGAGCCGAAGGUUUGGACAACGAAUGAAGGAGAAGAGAACCAAGAGCCAUCGAUACCCGAUGAGCCAAAACCGCCGCCACCAACAAAAUCCUACGAAAUCGUGCACUCCAUUAUCGAAAAAGCUCAAAACUACUUAACCCACCCCUCCUCCGACCUCCGCUACCGUCUCGUCGCCCUCAUUCAACGCGCAUCCCCAGUCCUCGCUGCAAAUGAGGACAAACUUUUGCCACUGAUCAACACGGCUUGGCCACCGCUCAAGGCGAGGUUAGCGGAUAAGGAGGCGCAUGUGGUGACGAAGGCGUUGGAGGCUGUUGCCGACAUGAGUGUUUACGCGGGAGAUUUCAUGAGUGAGCGGGUCGCGAAAGAUGCCUGGCCAUCAAUACGGCGCCUACUCCGUACCGAACUGCCACAACCCACUACCAACAAGAGUCAAGCUCUGGCACGGGCGUCGAAAUCGAUGGAGAGGUAUUCGAGAUCUGGACGGGUUGCGGAAGCGCUGUUUGGUGCGUUAGCGAAGAUUUUGCGGCAUACGUUUAUGACGAGUGAGUUGUUUGAUGAGGUUUUGGAGAUGUGUUUGCCGUAUUUGAGGGGGAAGGAGGAGUGGUAUUUGAGGGAGACGACGGAGGAGUUGAGGAAUGCGUUGGAGGCGGUUAAUGCUGAUGCGGUUUGGUUGGAGUUGCGAGACUAGAUAUAUGUUAAGGCAUUAAGCGGCAACCAAACUAUUUAGAGACUAUCAGC